CAGCCGCACCACAGCUCCUGCCCACUGCCCCCAGGAAGCCCGGGGCACAAGUGAUGGCAGCCUUGUUUCCCUCUGCUCCACUUCAGAUCGAGGUGACCUUUGAGGAUGUAGCCGUGCUCUUCUCCUGGGAUGAGUGGGGCUGCCUGGGCCCUGAUGAGAGGGGCCUUUACAAGGAUGUGAUGCUGGAGACCUAUGGGAACCUGGUUUCACUGGGAGCAGGACCUUCAGGUCCUAAGCCUGGGGUGAUCUUGCAGCUGGAGCGAGGGGAAGAGCCAUGGGUCCUGGACAUGCAGGAUGCUGAGGGGAGAAAGCAUCUGAGAGUCAACGGCUCAGCUCGUGGGACCAGGAUUGAGUACAAGGAGUUGAUUUCCGGGGAGACAUUUGAUGGGCAACAACUAUACGAACUCAGGGGGGCCGUAACCCAAGGACCUGAGCCAACAGAGGCCCAUAAUCAUAUCAGAGAGCUACAGGAGAGCUUGCAGAAGGCAGUAGGGCAGAGAGGCCCCAGACUAGUCACACUGACCAACAAGGAGAGUGGCCAGGAGACUGGGGGAAGCCUCACGUCAGUGUCAAGCCUUUUCCCUGAUCAGAGACCUCACAAAUGUGAUAUAUGUGAGCAGAGUUUUGAGCAGAGAUCACAUCUCAACAACCACAAGCGUGUACACAGGUCAAAAAAGACAAAUUCAGUUUGUAAUUCUGGUGAAAUCAUCAAUGAAAAUUUAAUUGUUAGAGAAGAUCAGAAAAUUCCUACUGGGAAAACAUUGCAUACUUGUGGUCACUGUGGGAAGACCUUCAGGUAUAGCGCUAACCUUGUCAAACAUCAACGACUUCACAGUGAGGAGAAGCCCUAUAAAUGUGGUGAGUGUGGAAAAGCCUUCAGCCAGAGCUAUGAGUUCAUCAAUCACCGAAGGAUGCAUUCUGGGGAAAUCCCCUACCGGUGUGGUGAGUGUGGGAAGACAUUUAAUCAGAGGCCUAACCUCAUGAAGCAUGAAAGGAUUCACACUGGGGAGAAACCCUACAAGUGUAGCGACUGUGGGAAACACUUUAGCGCAUACUCCUCCCUUAUUUAUCACCAGAGAAUCCACACUGGAGAGAAACCCUAUAAAUGUAAUGAUUGUGGGAAAGCCUUCAGUGAUGGUUCAAUCCUUAUUCGACACCGCCGGACUCACACUGGAGAGAAGCCAUUCAAGUGUAAUGAAUGUGGCAAAGGCUUUACCCAAAGUUCUAACCUCAUUCAACAUCGGAGAAUUCACACUGGAGAGAAACCCUAUAAAUGCAACGAAUGUGAGAAAGCCUUCAUCCAAAAAACUAAACUUGUUGAGCAUCAGCGAAGUCACACUGGAGAGAAGCCCUAUGAAUGUAAUGACUGUGGCAAAGUUUUCAGCCAAAGCACACAUCUCAUCCAGCACCAGAGGAUCCACACAGGAGAGAAGCCAUACAAAUGUAGUGAGUGUGGAAAGGCCUUUCACAACAGUUCCAGACUCAUUCACCACCAAAGAUCUCACCAUGGAGAGAAGCCAUACAAGUGCAGUGAUUGUAAGAAGGCCUUUAGCCAGAGUACUUACCUGAUUCAGCACCAGAGGAUCCACACUGGAGAGAAGCCCUACAAGUGCAGUGAGUGUGGGAAGGCCUUCCGGCACAGCUCCAACAUGUGUCAGCAUCAGCGGAUUCACCUUCGGAGAGACUUCUCCACAUGAUGGUGGAGAAUAGUUCAUGAGGCAGAGGCCUGUGUGCAUGACCACCACAUGCCCUAGCACCCCAUAUUGCCCUGUUCACCUUGUCUUCAGAAGGUGAAAGGACAUUUCUGUUUAAUUGAAGAAACCUUUUUCCUUAACCCAAAAGCAGUGCAUGUUCAUUUUAGAGAAACUGAGAAAAAAAGAAACUUCUAUAG